AGACCUGCGCUUUUCACUUACACAACAACUUCACUUCCUUUUCCUAUGUAAACUUCAAAAUGGUGGGUUGUAGAAGCGAAAGUCCGUGAUUAAAUCUGUUGUAAUCUAUGUAAUUAAACAUAAAAAAAAAUAUGUUUUAGGAGCUUACCGUUAUUUAUAUUUUAUACAAUGACAAGGUUGCCAAUGAAAAGCGUUUUUGUUAUAGUUAAUGUGUAAUGUUGAUACUUUCUAAAUACAAGUCUUCUCCUCUCCCUCCUUAGGAAAUGCAAAUCUGUCUAAAUCUUUUCCUAACCCAGUGGCUUUCUUGAUCCAGCAAAUCGACUUUUCUUUUUACUUGCUAAAUUAAAACUUAAUUCAGUAAGUGAUUGAAGAAAUGGGUAUCAAGAGUUUAGAGAGUUUAUUACAAGCAGGAUUAAUAACCCCUGUAGUUUUUCGCCAAAUUAAGCACAAUUCUUUAGUCAGUAUUUUCUGAUCAAUACACCAUGUUGUCACAGCCAAACACAAAUAUAGACCUAUUCCCAUAAGGCCUAUAUGUUUUGAAGAUAGAUGGUUUUGUAUGAAUAUCUUCAGUGUUUAAAUGGAAUUGUGAUUAUUGCAAGGUACAGAGUUAAUGGUUAACCAGUGUACCAUAUUAAAAACCAAACUUUAAAAAAUGUAGAAAAUACAGGCCUUCUCUACUGUCUAAUAGUCGUUUGGUUUAGUAACAGUUAGGCCUAUUAUAAUGCACUUAACCUAGUAUAAUAGUUAUUUCAUGUGUUUAUCUACAGGUUAACGUCCCAAAACAGAGACGCACCUUUUGCAAGGGCAAGAAGUGCAAAAAGCACACUGUUCAUAAAGUGACACAAUAUAAGGCUGGCAAAGCCUCCUUGUAUGCGCAAGGUAAGUGUAUUAAUUCAUACUUUAAUUUCAUCCUUUGUCUUUGAUGAAUUCCAUUUCAUUGUUAGUAGGCCUCAUCAGACAUCAUGAUGUACUUUUAAACAGGUUAGCUAGUUUUGUGAUGCCAAGAUUAAGAUGGUGAUUGAGAUCUUUUCUAGUCUUUUUCAUACUGGAUGCAUCAUAUCUAUAAUUGUUACAGCUGUUUACUUUGGCUCAGGAGAUUAUUCAUCAGUGAUAGUUAUUUAACCCAUUCAAUACGUCACAUUUUUUUAAGGGAACGCAGUAAAAUUUUGGGACAAAAAUUCUAUUUGACCUGAUGAUUUUAAACUGAAAAGCUCUGUUUUGUUAUUUAUCAAAAUUAUAUCAUGCUGCAUAUCCAAAUGUAGGUAAUUGAAAAAGGAAUAUGUUUCUAGUAUAAAAAAGUGAUAAAGAAAUACCCAAAGAAAAUUUUUGGGGGUAUUAUUGCAGGUUUAUGUAAAAAAUUAUUUAAAAUUUAUUUGGUUUUGCUUUACUCACCAGCUCAGAAAUCAGAUAACAAUAAUCCAAUCAAGUUCAUAUUUUUUUUAAAAUGAGUCUUGUGAUACAUCCAAAACAACUGGAAAGUUUCAUUGCAGUAGCUCCAGAAAUUGUAAAGUUAUGAAUUUCUUUCCGAAGACACGUGUUAAAAUUUUUUUUUCAAAAAUUCAACAAUAAAAAUAGUUAUACUCAAAUAUUUACACAUAUUUCACAUAUUUACUAAAUAUAUACACAAAUGAAGUUAUUAUUUUAAAUGAAAGGCCUUGAAGCAUCCUUUAGGAUGGAGAUGGGGUUUGGAUUCACACCCAGUACAAUAGAAAUGUGUGCGUACUCGCUUUAUUGCAGUUGAGCAAUAUGCACAAGAUCGGUCCCUUUCAUGAUAAUCAACAAUGUGCUGAGCAUCAUUAGACUAUCACUAUCACUAUCACUGUUGUCAGAUUUAUCUUCAUUUGAACUUGAAUCGUCUAAGCAAAUCAAUUUACUUGCCUCAUCGGCAGUCAUAGAUCGAAAUCCUUGUCGAUUAGAACUAGCACUGUUAUUCGAUGCAGCCAUUUCAAUCAGCUGUGUUUUGUUUACAAAUUUUUAAGUGGAAAAAACGAGCACAAAAUACACUAAACGUGGGUUAUUCGGUUUAAAAUUCAACACAAAGGAAGUGGAACUCUUCUGAAUAAAAAAUUGAUAAGCUAUAUUAUAAAAUAGUUGAAUGGAAAAGUUGGAAUACUAAUAAAAUGAAACAAACCAGUGGUGACGCAGAGAGUGGCUAAACGUACUCUGCCGAAAUCGCGGUGACGCACACUGCGGCGAAACGUAUUAAAUGGGUUAAGGAAUCAAGAGUAGGAAUCCACAAGAUAUUUUUCACACAGAAUUUGGAUGAAACCCUUUGUAAAAUACAGUCCUUAGCCAUGGGACCUUCUAAACCUUUCAAUCCAUAGAGGUUGGUUGAUAUUUCAACAGAUGCAUUUUACAAAUUUUUUUUAACUUAAAUUAUAUUUCUUAUUUCACAGGUAAAAGGCGUUACGACAGAAAACAGAGUGGUUAUGGUGGUCAGUCUAAGCCUGUGUUUAGAAAGAAGGUAAGGAUUGAUUAAACAGUUUGCAAACUAAACAAGCUUCUAGUGAUAAAUCUACUAGUAAAUUCAAAAUGAAAAAGCCUGAAUCUGUUAAAUUUAUUGAUUGGUGUUAUUUUUCUGGGACUUUAAUAGACAUUAAAAAUUAAGUGCAGUGCAAAGUGAAUUGAAGUAAGUCAAGCAAGAAGUUAAAAACAUGUUGUUGACCUAAACUCUUUGUUAGCAGCAAGUGAGAAGUUAACAGACCUUUUUACUCUUACGAUUUUGGCUUACAAUGUAUGAUUUUGAUGUCUUUUACUGUUGCCAAGACCUUCCAGAAAUUGGAUUUUAAGAGGCAGAGUUGAAAAUAUAUUCAUAACAGUAGUUUUUUAUGAUUAAAAAAAAGUAAUAAGUAAAUUUUCAUUUGUUAGUUUUAGCUUGCAUUUCCAUUCUACACCAGGUAGUGAAUGGAUCCUGAAAUAAGAUUGGUUGGUGGGCAAUGUUCCCUCUAAGGUUUGUUGGUUCGUGUGCAAAAUCAUAAAGUUGUGUGCAAAUUUUUACAGCAUCAAUUUUUUUGUGCGCAAAAUUUUACAGCCUACAGACAAACACACACUUAAGUGGAAAUUAGCUGCGCGGUACUUAAAACUGCUGCGCGGCGUCUGUGAGACAGCUUAAAGGGAACAUUGGUUGGGGGCCAUCUAUGAUUAUAUUACUUUUACCAUGAGAGUGGAAUGGCGUGGCCAUGAUUUAAGAGAUUUUUGUGAACAGGGUUAGGGGUCUUAAGUCUAUAAAAUUAACACCCCUACAUUUUCACAAUGAUAGUUUUGAUGGUCAUUUGUUGGUUUGUGUUUUCAUAAUGAACUUGCUAGACAUGGCAACAGUAAUAUUUGCGUAGUUGUCCUAUUGACAAUUUUAGUAAAUCCGGGGCCAUCCAUAUAUAACAUAUGCACGAAGGGGGUAGGGGGAUUUUUGAGAUUUGAGAAAGUUUGUGCACUAUUAAAAAUUCUACAAUGUUCAUCCUGCAUCUCUAGCAUAUUUAUAUCCUGAAUGAAUAACAUGAAUUGUUUUGUGAAUAAUGUUGCCAUGUAUUUUCCCAAAUGAACUCUCUAGUAUACCGGUACUCUGAUAGUACUUAGUAGUAGAGAUAUUACAGUAAAUUUAGUCCACCAUACGUUUAACAUGCAGAUGCAGGGUCGGCCUUAGGCCACUGCAACCUAUGCGGCCGCAGUUGGCCCCGCACUUUUUUUCUAAUACAAACUCUUAAUUUUCACUUAUUAUCCUCAUCCCUACCCAGACUCGGCCCCGUGCAAUCCGUUUCGCAUAGGGCUCGCAAUUGUUAGUGCCGGCCCUGUGCGGAUAACAUAUAUUUUGUUAGUCUAUGCCAGUGCUUCUAAAAAAAAUAAUUUCCAGCGCCAAUACGAAAUUCAGGUUUUCGCCAGGCUCCGUGUUAAAUUCUAGCAAGUAACUUCAAAGUAGCAAAUAUAUAAAAUAUAGUGUUGGAUAAAAAUAAAUAUAGACACUUGUGUAGGUCACUAAGUGCCAUCUUCAUCUAGUAACUGCAAACAGUAGUUACUCAAGUGGGUACUGUUUGCACAACUGGUAGAUUAUAAGGGCUACCGGUAUUUUUCAAUUUUUUGUUGUUGUCAAUACUCCUGAUGUGAGGAUGACCAAGGAUAUAUUCAACGUGUAAGCAGGUGGCAAUUCUGCUUUUCCUCAAGACCCCUUGUCUUUGUGAAGAAAAGGAGAUUUUAUACUUAAAUUCACUAUAAGGAUCAUUUUUAAACACGUUUUUGGCACCCCUUGAUUUUGGCUCUUCGCCCCAUUCUCUUGGCUCUGCUUGAGGGCAACAAAGACUCUGUGUGAAGCUGCUUAUAUUCUGGGCUCUCUGAAUAGCCCGUGGUGAAAACCUGUGGCUCUUUUCGUUUCCUGUAAUAUCAUGAUUAAAUAAAGAUGAUCUGAUUUAGGGAGGGGGUGUGUAUUUUUUAAAAAGAAAAUGCAUUUUUAAGGGGUGGGGGAGCUGGAGUAAAAAAAAAAAAAAAAAAUUCCGUACAUACUAUAUAGAUGGCACCUCCUCUAACCUGUGGCUUUUUUUGUUUCCUGUAAUAUCAUGAUUAAAGAAAGAUGAUCUGAUUUAGGGGGGGGGUGUGUAUUUUUUAAAAAGAAAAUGCAUUUUUAAGGGGUGGGGGAGCUGGAGUAAAAAAAAAAAAAAAAAUUCCGUACAUACUAUAUAGAUGGCACCUCCUCACCUUUGUUUGAUUGGGUUAUUUUGUGACAUAGUAAUUUCUAAUGGCUGAACUGCGACAAGUGCAGAAAUGGAGACAAUUAGAGGGUGUAUUCUCAGCUGUUCGGGGCAGCGUUAAAUUUUGACAUAUUUUAUCUGAGAGGGCCUUUAAAAUCAAUGUUUAGAUCACACAAAAUAGCUGUACGAUUUGUAAUACCUCCUCUUCCUUUCAACCAUAACAGCUUUUCAUAAUGAAUAAAUCUUACCUUACUUUGCAGGUUUUUAAAUGACGCCCUAGUUUAAUUCAUAUUUUUAAUACAUUUUAUGCUCACCUGACGUUAAAUUUCACUGUUACUUUAUUGUUGCCAGUGACUGACUGUGAUAAUGUGAUCUGCAAGUUCAUCUAAAUAUUAAUUGAUAUCUAUAGCAGACACAAGUCUGCAAAACAAAGUGACCACAGAUUGCAAUAUAAAUGUCAGUCAUGUGGCCUUCUUUUGGAAGUUCCCUUUUUUGAUGUCGGCUUAACUCAAUCCCACGAGACACCUGAUGCCAGUAGUCAUUGUAUACAUACAUUAUAUAUACUGUUUGAUUAUUUAUUUACUAUUACAAUACUUUAUUGUACGAUUUUGACACUAUAAUGUAUGGUUUUAGGAGUUCUAGGUCUGGGUGGAAGAAAAGUGUUACCAGCAGUACCAGUAGUGGGAAUAUGUUUUCUUGAAAUGACAUUUUUUAAAUAAAUUUUUUUUUUUUUUGGUCAAACUAUAUUAAUUUUAAUUUUCUCACCUCUAGGCCAAGACAACAAGGAAGAUUGUGUUGCGUAUGGAAUGCACAGAAUGCAAAUACAGGAAACAAUUACCCAUCAAGCGAUGCAAACACUUCGAGUUGGGAGGUGACAAGAAGAGAAAGGUAAGGAAACUUUUUUAUGGAACAGGUGUAAUUUAA